AUGGGGAAGACUUCUAAGUCCACGAAGAAGUUCCAGAACAAGCAUUUGAAGCAUACCAUUGAACACCGUAAAGAGGUUCAAAAGCAUAACAAGCUUAGAGGCAACCGAAAGAAGAAGUCUACCACCACCAAUGACGGAGAAGAGCCCAAACGGGAAAGAAAGGCAGCGAAGGAAGUGUUUGAAGACAUGCCAGUAGAUGAGUUUUUUGCUAGUGGGUUUGAGGUUCCUAAGGAGAAGAAGAGCAAGUCUAAGAAGGAGUCUGAAAGUGAAGCAGAUUCGGACGAAGAAUCUUCAUCUGACGAAGAGGACGAAGAACAAAUGAAGGCAGAUUUGGAUAACUUGAAGGACAAGGAUCCUGAAUUUUACAAGUACUUACAAGAAAAUGAUAAGGGAUUGUUGGAUUUUGAAGGAGUCAAUCCUUUGGAAGCCAUGGGAGAACUGGAUGAAGAAGUAGAAGAAGAAGAAGAAGAACAAGGUGACGGGGACGACAGUGAUGAUGACACUGUAAAGAAUGAUAAGAAUGAAAUUACUAUUCAAUUGGUUCAACAAUGGAGUAAAAAUUUAGAAAGUCCUAACCGUAAGAUCAUUCGAAACGUUUGUGUAGCAUUCAAAGCUGCAGUCAACAUCAAUAACUCAACAGAAGAUUAUAAAUAUGCUGUUACCGAUCCCAAGGCAUUCCAAAAGGUUAUGUUAUUGGGUUUAAAGAAAAUUCCCCAGGCCAUUCAGAAACUUGUCAAGUAUAAAAUAGCCAAUGGUUCUAGAACCAUUCCUCAAAAUAAUCCUAAUGUAUCUCAAUUAUCCAAUAUCCUCAAGUCUCAUGCUGGUUCCUAUUUAUUGUUGUUGGGAGAUUCUAAUAACACAGAUACCGCAGCUUUAGUGUUGUCUUCGCUUCAAGAAUUGUUACCAUAUUACAUUUCCCAUAGGAAACUUGUGAAACAAAUCAUCAAUUCUGUGGUGAAUAUUUGGGCAUCAUCUACCAAUGUGGAGAUUCAAAUUGCUGCGUUUGCGUUUUUGAAUAAUGCUGCCAGGGAAUAUCCUAAGUCGUUAUUGGAAUUGAUCUUGAAAUCAAGUUAUUCUACCUUUUUACAGAAUUGUCGUAAGACAAAUGUUCAUACCAUGCCUCAGCUUAAUUUCUGUAAGAAUUCAGCUGCUGAAUUGUACGGUAUAAAUGAAACCACUUCCUAUCAAGUUGGAUUUGAAUUCGUUAGACAAUUGGCUAUUCAUUUAAGAAACAGUAUCAACGGUACCAGAUCAUCUAACGAAAGUUAUAAGGCCAUUUAUAACUGGCAAUAUUGUCAUUCAUUAGAUUUCUGGUCAAGAGUAAUUGCUCAAAGUUGUAAUCCAGAACGGGAACUACAAAAUCAUAAAUCUAAAGAGUCACCAAUGAGACAAUUGAUUUAUCCAUUAGUACAAGUCACAUUGGGAGCCAUAAGAUUAAUUCCAACAGCUCAAUUCUUCCCCUUACGAUUCUAUUUAAUAAGAUCUUUACUUAGAUUAUCUCAACAGACCGGAGUUUACAUCCCAAUUUAUCCGCUCAUCUCCGAGAUCUUAACUUCAACUGCCAUCACCAAAGCUCCCAAACCCUCCAAGUUACAAGCGGUUGAUUUCGAAAACAACAUCAAAGUAAACCAAGCUUAUUUGGGUACUAAGGUAUAUCAAGAAGGUUUAUGCGAACAAUUUAUUGAAUUAACCAGUGAAUUCUUUAUCAUGUACACUAAGAGUAUCGCCUUUCCCGAAUUGGUAACUCCUGUCGUGUUAUCGUUAAGAAGGUUUAUGAAGAAAUCAAGAAACACCAAAUUCAAUAAGCAAUUACAACAAUUGGUAGAGAAAUUGAAUACUAAUGCCACUUUUAUAACUCAAAGAAGGUCCAAUGUUGAAUACGGUCCAACCAAUAAGACCGAAGCCAGUUUGUUCUUAAACGACUUUGAGUGGUCCAAGACUCCAUUGGGCCAAUACGUUGUGGUUCAAAGACAAAUAAGAGAAGAGAGAAGAAGAAUCUUACAAGAAGCUUUAGAAGCUGAAGAAGAAGCAAGAAAGAAGCAACAACAACAAAGCGAAGAUGAAGAAGAUCAAUCCGAGGAAGAGGAUCAAGAAAUGGAAGAUUAG